CGCUCGGUACAGACGCGGAAACGCUCGGUUCGAAACCCACCCGUAACGACGAGCGGGCUGUCGACUGAGCGUCCUGGACGUGUAACUAGCGGGUUACACGUCGGUCCGCGUUGUACGGCGAUGGGGUGCGCUUUGUUUUAACUUUAACGUGGGGGGAAUUCGGUUCGCGACGUUGUGGAAGACGCGACUUCCCUAAACAACAAUGCGCGUGAGAAGUAACACGUUUGAUGGACGUGCCAAUGAAGAGACUUCCACGUAAACGGCCCUGCUUCGUCACGGACGCGCCGUUCUCCACUCCAAACGGGCAGGCUGUGACUGGUCUGUUGUCAGAACAGAUGCAGGAGGUCCAGCAGAACAAGGAGAAAACACUGGCCAACAACAGGACCCUCGCUGAGCAAAACCUUUCCCUGCAGCCCACGCUGGAGCACAAGAAAGAGCAGCUCAUCAACAGAUACAGAGGUCUUCAGGAGAGCUUUGAGUCCUAUCAGCUGCGCAAGUCCGCCCUAGAUCACAACUCAGGAAACUCUUCUCUGGAUACUUUGCUGGCCCUGCUGCAGGCAGAGGGAGCCAAAAUAGAAGAGGAAACAGAGAAUAUGGCCGACUCCUUUCUGAAUGGCGAUAUGAUCCUGGAUUCCUUCAUUGAUGAUUAUCAGAACAAGAGGAAACUGGCCCACCUAAGGAGGGUAAAGAUCGAGAAACUUCAGGAGAUGGUGCUGAAGGGCCACCGGCUCCCCCAGGUGUCUGUCCCUGUCUCCCAAACUCAAGAUGUGUCAGUGGCAGCCUCCCUCCUCUCAGAGUCCGUCAACAGCUCGUCCCCCAUUGCCCAACCUAGAAGGAAACCCCCACCUCCUCCAUCCCAGCCAGCCCCAAUUCUGGAGCAAACUCCCACUUCCCCUGUCCCCCAGCCUCCUGUCUUCUGCUCGCCAUACCCACCAAUUCCUCCGAGAACAGGCCAACCUUUCCCCAACAUCUCAUCUGGUUACCCCAGCCCCUUUCUAUCUCAAUACCCCCCUGCUUUGCCACAGAGGCCUCCAGCUCGUAUGGCCCCACAGCCUGGCUUCAUCAUGCAGUAAGGAAACGUAGUUGCUGGUCUAAGGAAGCACUGUGUUGACUUCUCACCACUGGGACUACUUUGACAGUUUUUAUAAAAAUGUCACCUGCCUUCUUGGAUUACAACCAAUCUUAACACAAGAAGGCAGAUCUGCACUGGCUGGACUGGUCACGUUGAGCCUAAGCAGAUAUCCAGUAAUCACCUCUUAUUCCCAUCAGCACUCCCAAUAAGUAAAAAAAUAUACAGAAGUGAUUAAAUGAGGCUUGAUGCUCCUUAGUGGAAGAGCCCCACUGCUAGAUGCAGGCUGUAUGGAAACAAGUGUGUAUGGGUCACUGAGCUGGGACUGAUCAGUACCUUCUGCUUCUAAGCAGUGCUCUCAGCUCUGCUGGCCCAGUAAUUUUCAGUCUCUCACCUUCCUUUAAACUUGUUUUUUGAGUUUUUAUGGAAGAUUUCACAAGGAUUAGAUUAUCCAUUUCCAUGUACAGCAUGCUAAUUUACAUGUAUUGUAUAUGCAAGUAAAGAGAGACCCUAAUUACUGUGCAGUUUGGUUAAAAAUAUAAUAUCCUAAGCAAAACUGCAUCUAUGCUGUGAUUCUUUUUGUUAGUUCAGAGGGUACAUAGUAAUAUUUUAAUUUCUGCAUUUCUUUAACAUGUAGUACUAACAGAAUUACUUUAGCCAAGAUACACUGAUUAACAUAUUUGGAGGGCUAUUUCUGCUUCAAACUGCAAGUGUAUUGAAAGACUCCACAUCUGCCUGUUUCAAGAUGGCUGUGGCAAUUGCUCCUUCUCAGGGCAGAAGACAAAUGGGAGAUGAAGGAGAGAUUAGUGGCUAAGCUAUUGUAACAAAUAACCCUAGACCUUUAGAACUUUGUGUGACAUGAAGGACUUUUGUGUAGUCAUAGAGUACAGUUCAGAUGUGUUGUUUCUGUUGGUACCUGUUGUAAUUCAACACUCCUUUUUUGAUGUCUACUGUCUCUUCUCACCCUACGCUGUUGGUAGGUAAAAUUAUGCCAACAGCUCUUUGGCUCUCAUGCAUGGUUCUGUUAAAUCUUCUUUUAACACUGAGCACCAAAGACUUGCUGACUUUUCACCAGCACACGUUUUGUGUUGUUUCUUUUUUUUUUAGUUUGUUUUAAUUUAAAUGAUUCAUUUUGUGAGAGUGCGUUGUUCUCAACAUAUCUGUCUUGUAAAAUGCUCUUUUUUUUUUCUAAACAUCCAAGCCAGAUUGCUUCAAAAGGAGCUUGCCAUGCCAGCCUAGCUGGGGAAGUGUUUUCUUGUGUGCAAAAAACAAGAAAAGAUGAUGAUGAAACCCCCCAAAUGCUUUUACUGUGUACUGACGAAGAGCCACGAGUGCCUACUUGAAGUGACGCUAAUCACGUCCUGCUGACUACUCCCACGAUUCUCUUUGUUCAGAUGUAGUGAUUACAGUACAAUCUCACUUCAAUUCCCUAUCCACUACCUUUUUUAAAUGUGGAAAAAUACUAGCCAAGCAUUAGUUCUUCUACUUGUGCUACUGAAUUCAUGUUUCACCAGAGGGUGGAAAAAGGCAGUGUCUAACAGUUGGUCUGUCAGGCUGUGCUUUCUCACUAGGAAGCAGAAGGCCGGAGCAGGGCCAUGCUGAGCACGUGCCAGAGAGAUGAGAGGCUGUGUGCCUAGUGGCACGAGCACUUCUCUCCCCUUCUUCCUCCACUGUAUUGAGGUUUGCCUAGAAUUAAGUCAGAUUUUUUCCCUGCAUGUUGUGUUUUUGCUGUUUUCUGUUGUAAUAACAGGGCUCUGAAAUGUUUUGUGUCAUGCUUUGACAUUAAAAAAUAGUUGGCCUUAGAGUGGACAGAGCAUUUUCAACUACAGUAUAGAAACUUAAAGCAUUAAAGUCUUGAUGAACCAGCAUUUCUAACAACUAGCAGUGGGUUAUUUUUGUGCAUGGCCUUUUGCUCUUUGCGUCCAUUCUUAAGAAUUGUUUUUAAUACCAUAUCUUUUGUAGCUUUUUAGCUACAUCUUGUUGUUUGAACUGAUCCUCUGCAUCUAUGGUUUCAUAUGUGGCUGGUGACAUGUUAAGUGUAAUGUUGUAGGUAAUUACUUAAGUGGAAGUUAAUGCUAUUUUCAAGUUCAAUAAAUCAAAAAUGUUUGUA